UCUUAUCUGAUCUUUCGCAGACAGCAGAUUUAAAAAUAUCCCGAUCGUUGAUUGGUUGAUUGUUUGUAACCCUCCAUUUUGUAAAUGACCGAAUACAGUUAUACCGCAAUCUGUUUUUAACUUUUUACUGUGGGAGUUUGUUGCUCGGCAAAUAAUAAAUGGAGCAAUGAUUGCAAAAGUAAUCGCACUGUUAUUGUUUAGUUUAUGUACAACAACGCGAUAUGCCCAUGGAUAUGUGGAGCUGGUUAAUGGAAUAAUGUAUGAAGUGGUCACUGAUUCUAAAAACUUUAAUGACGCUGAAGAUCACUGCAGAGGUUUAGAUGGACUACUGUUUUACUCGAUAACAAGUGCAUCAGUACAAAAUGCACUGAGCAAUGCUAUAACAAGCAACCCAACUUUGAAUGCUCACUCUUCCUUUUGGAUUGGAUUGGAUGAUACUAUAACCGAAGGACGAUUUAUAUGGAACAAAGGGGAGGCUUUAGGCAGUGGUGAUUAUACUAACUUCCACUCUUCAGUUGGAGCACAAUCACAUGAAAAUAAAGACUGUGUGAAAAUUGACAAAGCUAGUUCUUGGCAGUGGUUAGCCAGUAACUGUGCAGAAAGGAAACCAUUUAUUUGUCAAAAAGGUGCAUUUCCUGUUAAGUUUGUAUGUUUUUGUUGAUGAUUAAUAAUAUAGUGUGAGAGAGCAAAUUUACAACGAACAAAGAAUAAUUAAAGAGAAAGCAACGCUCACUGGCGUAAAGUUACGGGGUUGCAGGGUUGCCUGGCAACCCUUUGAUUUUCUCCAUACUAAUAAUGCGUAAGGAAUUACGUUCGACCAAACGAAGACGCCAUUAUUACUGCGAACAAA